CCCAGCUCCUAAACACAAAACCAAACACCUGCACUUAGAGAUUUCAGCGGAUUUCACUCGUUUGGCUGAAUGUAUAGCAUGAUGGAAACCGAGCUGAAGCCGGCUGUUCCCCCAUCCAACACGGGGACAGUCGGCAACUCGGCUGCCGGAGCCACGGGCAAAAACGGCGGCAGUAACCCCGACCGGGUGAAGAGACCCAUGAACGCGUUCAUGGUGUGGUCUCGGGGGCAGCGGCGGAAGAUGGCCCAAGAAAACCCCAAAAUGCACAACUCAGAGAUCAGCAAGAGGCUCGGCGCUGACUGGAAACUUCUAUCCGACUCGGAGAAGAGGCCGUUCAUUGACGAGGCGAAACGCCUGAGAGCUCUGCACAUGAAGGAACACCCGGAUUACAAAUACCGACCCAGGCGCAAGACCAAAACGCUCAUGAAGAAAGACAAGUACUCUCUGCCCAGCGGUAUCCUCAGCCCGGGGUCAGUCCCGGUCAAUAGUGGCGUCGGGGUAAGCCAGAGAAUGGAGAGCUAUCCUCACAUGAACGGCUGGGCCAACGGGACUUACCCGCUGAUGCAGGAACAGUUGGCUUAUUCUCAACACCCGGGUAUCAACAGUCCGCAGAUCCAGCAGAUGCAUCGCUACGAGAUGGCCAGUCUCCAGUACAGCCCCAUGAUGUCCACCGCCCAGAGCUACAUGAACGCGGCGACCACCUACAGCAUGUCCCCCGUGUACGGGCAGCAAAGUACACCAGGCAUGGCCCUGGGUUCCAUGAGCUCGAUGGUCAAGACGGAGCCCACCACGCCUCCGCCUCUCACGUCCCACUCCCGGGGCGCCUGCCUGGGCGAUCUGCGGGAUAUGAUUAGCAUGUAUCUCCCUCCCGGAGGAGAUGGAGACCCGUCUUCUCAGAACAGCAGACUUCACAGUGUCCACCAGCACUAUCAGGGCACAGCCAUACCCGGCACAGGGUUGGGACAAUCAUCCUUUCUGCACGAACGAGACUCCCUUUUAGAUGCCAAGUUUUAUGUGAAAAGGAAGCCUUUCUGAGACUUUCAAUGGCUUCAGAUAUGAACUGCAACUUCUAGAGGAAACAAACUUUUUUGAACUGUCUAAUUUGUGUACUUGUAAAUAGCUGUUCAAUAAUGUGGCACCUGGCUUGAUUCAAAAUCACGCGGAAAAAUAUACCUUGUAGGGUUUGUGUUUUAAUCUUUUCUCCCUCCCCUUUUGUUUUUAGCUUUUUAAAAGACUGCGGGUCACAACGCAAGUUUUAAUUUAUAGUAUCUUUUUUGUUUACACUUUUGAUGCUUGUGAACAUUUUAAACCUCUAUAUCUGGACCCUCCAACCCCGCCGUCUCUGGAUUUGUGAGUUUUCAUGGGUGGAGUGUUCUACCAUAUCGGUUGAGUAACUAUAUUGAACAAGCAGAUAUCCUAGUUUACUAAUAAGGCUUCUUGUGUUUUUAAACUCCGGCUCCUGUUCCUGAAAUGAGGAUGAAUAAAUUUUUACAAAAAUCACACGACCCGGAUGUUUUGCGUUCCCUGUGCAAGGUGGGACUAUCGGUGAGUCUU